GUGAAGACACUACUCGACAUGUUCUUCGUCCGUCGUGCGUCGCUUACUUUGGUGCUUGUGCCCUGCCUGGUGUGCUGGACGUCGGCGGAAGGCUCCCGGAGCGAGCGCGUGUUCGCCCAGCUCAAGGCUCUCCGGGAGUGCGAGCGCAGAGCCGUCUACGAGCCGGAGGAAAACGACACCGCCGUGUGUGACUGGAGGUUCGACGGCUGGCAGUGCUGGGCUCCGACUCCGCUGGGAGGCACCGCUCGAGCACCGUGUCCUGGCCUCUUGCCGGGAAAUGUCAAUUCUUCUGCUACAGCGACCUACCACUGCCUUUGGAACGGGUCUUGGGAUGGGGAGACGGGCAACUACGCUUCGUGCACAACGUCGCCGUAUGACGACCCAGAGCUCAAGCUACUGGAGGCCAUCACGCAGGACAUCGGGGAUUUCGUUCCCUGGGAACAAAGCUCCUUACGGGGCGAGAACUGGCAGUGGCAGGAGAAGAUCAACCAGUUCAAGAACUGCCUCGAGGACGUCCUGCUGCGGCCGCCACCUCUACUCGAGGGCAACGAGACCGUCUGCCCACGAACUUGGGACGGCUGGAGCUGCUGGGACGACACACUUCCAGGUCACACGGUCUACGCACCUUGUCCACAGUUCGUCGCCGGAUUUCUUUCUUCGCGGCAAGCUCACAAAUACUGCAAUUUGGAUGGCACCUGGUUUCGUCAUCCAGUCACAAAACACAUCUGGUCCAACUAUACUGCCUGUGUCGACACCCAUGAUUUGCAGUUCAGAAAUCUGGUGAACUCUCUGUACGUGGGUGGAUACUCGAUAUCACUUGUUGCUCUUCUGCUCUCCUUGUUUAUAUUCUUCUACUUUAGGUCCCUGCGUUGUCGACGGAUCACCAUUCACAAAAACCUCUUCACAUCGUUCAUAAUCAAUAACCUAUGUUGGAUAUUGUGGUACAUUCAUGUCAUUGCACAGCCCCAUGUUAUCGAAGAGAAUCCGGACUGGUGCCAGGUAUUGCACGUGGUGACGCAGUACUUCCUGCUCUGCAACUACCUCUGGAUGUUCUGCGAGGGGCUUUACCUGCACACUCUUCUGGUCAUGGCUUUCAUAGCGGAAGACAAAAUACUCAAGUGGUUUCUUCUCAUUGGAUGGGGGUUUCCGCUCCUCCCUGCCAUAGGGUAUGGUGUAGCCCGGAGGAUGGACCCGGAAGCGUCCAAAAUGUGCUGGGUUGAGCACGAUGUAUGGUACACAUACAUACUCAGUGUCCCCGUUUGCUUUUCAAUUUUGUUGAGUUUUGCAUUCCUCGUAAAUAUCGUCCGUGUUCUGGUCACAAAGCUCCGGGCCGUUAAUUCUCCGGACAAUGAAAGUACGAGGAAGGCAGUGAGGGCCACUGUAAUCCUGCUUCCGCUGUUGGGGCUGCACUACGUGGUCACACCUUUUCGCCCCGACAAAGGGUCCAUUUUUCUUGCCUAUGAAAUCAUCUCGGCCCUGGUCACUUCACUUCAGGGGUUAUGUGUCGCACUUUUGUUUUGCUUCUUUAAUGGAGAGGUGCUUGGUGUACUGCGAAAAACCCUCUCUCAGACGCCGUGUGUUAGAAGUGAGGGUCGCCGGAUGUCUUAUGCGAACACCAGCAUAAGCUUCCUUCCGAGGCGAGCUUCUGAUGGCAGAAGUCCGUCCGCCUCGCCCAACCAUCUUCAGCAGACCAUGCUGUGAACGAAGCGGAGAUCGCACACAAAAACAAAAAACGUGUUGUGUAACCCGAGUGAUGACCAAUCGUCCGCGGAGUUUCCAUGCAAGCGUGUGUUUGCUCACGAGCGAGUUAGAACGGAGUGCGAAAGGCCAAAGCUACCAUUUUUAUGACAUGUCACCCUCCACAAAACAUGUCUUCUUUGUGUCCAUGGC